AUGGUCACAGCUCCCAGUCGUCACUUGGUUCUGCUUGCAACAGCUCUCCUCUUGGUCCAACUCGCCGCGGCGACAUCGAAGCCUCGGAAGCACUACCUCAACCGGCUUCAGGUCUUCGGCGAUGCGCUCUCCGAUGAUGGGUCCGUACUUCACGCCGAGUCCAUACGCUCAUAAUGAGUAGGUGCACCCACGCUGACCAUUGCAUUCUCUUCUCUCGUUCUUCAGCAAAGGUACAUGGAACCUGACCAACCACACCUGGCCCUCGAACGGCAACUAUUACCAGCACCGCUUCACAAACGGCUUCACCCACACCGAGAUCUUGGCGCAGCAUCUGGGCUUCCCUCUCAACAGCUCGGCCAUCGCCGGUGCCACAACUAACAACAAGCUCGUCCAGGGUCUCACGGGCUCAAGCAACAAGAUCCCCGUCCCCUCCAUCUUGGACCAGGUCAAGCGCUUCAUUGACCCCCCGGCUUCCGACUUUCCUCCCGGUUCCGGUGACGACAUUACCCGUCCUGCCAUCGAUCGGAUACUCUUCGUCAUCUAUGCUGGCGCAAACGACGCCUUGCUAGGCAGGAAGAAGAAUGUUUCGGCCAAGCAAGUCGCGAAGCAGAUCCAGACCUCGAUCAAGACGCUCAAAGCCGUCGGUGCGUUGUCCGAUCACGUGACUGUGCCUUCUCAGCUGUGAUAAGUUUGUGGAGCAGUCACUGACGCAGCGUGUCCGCUCAAACCAUAUUCUACAGGCGGUGUCUACUUUCUUUUACCUACGAUGCCCCCUCUGAACCGCAACAAUCGCCUCAACAAGCAGUCCUACCUGGCCAACUACCUCAAGGACCUGCGCAUGGAGAUCAUCGACAUCGGUCGCAACGACCCCAACGUCAUCGUCGCCGAUGUUUAUGGAUUGUUCCAAAAAAUCAACAGCAAACCCUCAAAGUACAAGUAUACGACCGUGCUUGCGCCGUGCUUGGCAGGAGGUGAGUGGUCAGAAUCUUCCUGAGCUGGACGGUUGAAGCGCCCAUCUUUCGUUGUCUCACGCCUCCACAACGCAAGCCGGGACCUCCGACAGAAGACUAGAGGCUGAAACGAUGCCUCUUUCGACCUGUCUUCUUGCAGUCUAUGGGACAGGCAGCAAAGUGACCUUCUGCCAGAAGCCGGACGACUAUCUCUACUUUGACGAUUACAACCCGGGAAGCCGGGCGCAAGAUAUGAUGGCCGAGCUCGAGUACCAUGCGCUCAAGAAGGAGGGAUGGGUUCGAUAG